UGAUCGCAUAUGACCGCUGUCUCGACGGGCCACAGCGGACGCUGAAAAUUGAAUAAAUUGUUUUAUAGUACAGUUCGCAAUUAUAUAUAGAUUAAAAUGUCUGGGAAUGAUAUAAGACAGGCUCUUAGAAAGCUCGAUUUUCCUUAUUGCGCCAGAGAAGCUUUAUGCAGAAUCGAAAUACUCUGCUGUAGGCCUGGCAAACAAGUCGAUCUGCAAAUGGAUUUGAUAUCAGAAUUUGUGUUUGGAGAAAUAGAAAGACGAAAGAAACGUAACAUGUCCAUAGCAAUACUGGAGCUGCAAUUAAUAGAAAUUAUAAGUGACUUUUUUCAAAGUCCAGGUGGAAGUCCUGCAGUACGCAACGCUCUCUUUUUGUCACUUUUUCCAGCUGACAGUUUCAGAUACAAUGUCUUAGGCAACCUGGUAUCAUUGGCAAUUGCCACACAAAAUAAAGCAGUACUAAAUGCAGCUGGUAUCUGGAUGCAGCAAUUAGGUUCCACCUCGUCACAGAGCGUAGGUCUAGCAAAGCAUGUACUCAAUGACUAUUUUGUGCUUACUCCAAAAUCAAUUGACAAGUUGAAGCUGUUGCCUGCACUUGCGCCACAUUUCACUGCCAAUUUACUAACGGCAAUAGGCGAAGUUUAUGAGGAUAAAGAUCCGCCUACUGAGCUACUUAGAUUAGUAGGUGAAUGGAUUGAUGAAAAUCCAGGUUUACUAUUGACUCCACUAAUGGACAAUCCUGCGCUGCCCACUGGUGGAAUUCCAAUGACACCAAUAACACCUAUAGCAGGCUUGUUCAGAUGGUGUAUAUUGAGUCCUCUGCGUAGCAAUAUCACAGACAUAGAGAGUCAGGAAGAAUUGCGAAAAUUUUAUUCAAAGGUUCAGCAAUUGCUCAUGGACUCAGUGUUACGUCUGAACAACAGCGGUAGCAAUAAGCACGCAAUAUCGGCACAACACUUGGCAUAUACUACUCGGUUGUUGACAACAAAUCUGCAAAAUCGUCCAAACAUAGAUACAGUUUUGCGUGAUUUAGCCAUGGAACGACUCGCGCAAGCUGUCAGCGCAGCCAUGUCUGCAAACUGUAUUUAUGGAAAUAAACAGGAAUUAUUAGCGCUUUUGCAACCAUUAUCAUACCAACAUUUUUUGAUAGAAUGGACAUUACAAACUUAUGCGACUAAAGCAGCUUGAAACGUGACCAUCAUAAUGUUGAGAAUAAUGAGAAUGCAACUUAUUUGGACAAUGAUAUCUUAAAUAGUAAUUAUUUACUUUGUUUGUACAUAAAAACUGCGAUUCUUAUGAAUGACAAAUAUAAACAUGUGUUUUAUAAUUUUA